CAGAGGGGCGGGGUUAUGCCUACAGUACAAAAAGACAGAUUGGUUCAGUUCUUCAGAGUGAAGCAGCAGCAGCAGCAGCAGCAGCAGACAGCUCCAGUUUUCUUUCUGAAUCCAAGCAAAAGCAUGAUCUGUGAGAGCAUAUUUGUGUUGCUGGCCCUCAGCAGAGGGGCCCUGGGGUCUCUGCAAGAUAAGCAGACAGAUUUUGGACUGAAGGUUUUCUCUCAGCUCGCUACGGAUGCUGCAGACACAAACCUGGCGUUCUCCCCCUAUGGCAUGGCGAGCAUUAUGGCCAUGGCUCAGCUUGGCGCGAAUGGAAACACACAAAGGGCCUUGACUGCAGCUAUGGGCUUUUCUCUGCAAGGGCGGGGAAUGCCUCGGCAGCAGCGCCUCCUGCAACGCGAUCUGUCAACUGUGGAUGGGGUGGAGAUAGCCAGCGGAGUGAUGGUGGAGCGGAAGAUGAGUCUGGAGAAGCGAUUCCGCCGGGCUCUGGCCAAGACCUUCCAGAUUCACCCCCACCAGAUGGAUUUCACCAAACCAGAACAGGCCGUCAGCAUUAUCAAUGCGUGGGUCUCAGAUCACACUGCAGGUGCCAUCCCAGAGUUCUUGUCCUCUGGAUCCCUGGACGAUGAGACGCGCCUGGUCUUCCUUAACGCUCUCCACUUUCAGCGCCUAUGGAAAGUUCCCUUUGACCCCAAACUAACACAGGAGAGAAUGUUCCAUUGUGCCAAUGGCAGCACUGUUCCUGUGCACAUGAUGAAACUCACAAACCUCUUCAACUAUGGUGAAUUUGUAACUGCUGAUGGAGUGGAUUACGAUGUGAUAGAGGUACCAUAUGAAGGCGACUCACUGAGUAUGCUCCUGGUAUCACCCUUUGAGCCUGAAAUUCCUCUGAGUGUCCUCAGUGCAGAUCUGAGUAGCCAGAAGAUUCAGCAGUGGAGGUCAGAGCUGAGGCAGGUCAACAGACAGCUGGCUCUACCCAGGUUUUCUCUAAACUCUGACAUAAAUAUGAAGAGUGCUUUACUUAAAAUGGGACUUGGAGACAUGUUCAACCUGGCUACUGCUGACUUCACACGGAUAACAUCUGAUGAGAGGCUUUGCGUUUCAAAAGUGCUGCAGAGGGUGAAGAUUGAGGUGAACGAGCAUGGAACCAAGGGAGCAUCAGUAACAGCUGCUGUCAUGUUCUCCCGUAUGGCAGUUCAGGAAAUCACACUGGACCGACCUUUCAUCUUCCUCAUUCAGCAUAAGCAAACUGGUGCUAUUCUCUUCAUGGGUCAGUUGAACCAACCUCAACAGUAAAACCCAGCACACCUUCUCUUAUCCCGCAUGUGACUACUACUGUUUGAAACUCCUCAUGAUGACCUGAGACACUCAGUGACUCUACAUGUCUCAGCAAUGGUUCAAUUCACUGACACCCUUAUUUAUAAUGACUGAUACUGAGGCUGUUGGACUUUAUAUGAGAAUUUUAUUAUAUCCAAAUUGUUUAUUUAUUUUUUUACAUUCGAACUGAAGCGAAGUGAGGGGCUACUAUUGCUAAUGACAACGUUGUACCUUUAGAGAUAUGUCUGCAUUUGUACCAAAAUAUUGACUAUUUUUUAUCUAUUUAAAUAUUCUGAAAACUGCAGUGUGUAAUAUUUGUGUGUCAUUACAUGUAUGUGUAUUUUUGGAUUGGUUUCAUUAAAAAUUAAUGAAAUCAUAAA